AUACCUGUAUUCUUCUUCUUGACCGUGAUCUUUGGCACUAGAGCAUACUCUUGCCCGUACAGGAAUGUCGAGAAGGGCGUCAUGCUGCUUUAUGUGCUUGUGAAAGGGAUCCACAAGCUGGACUGUGUUGCGUUGGAUAACGGAUACACUCUGUUUAUCGGCAAGCUACUAGAAAGUGCGGACGAGCUCCAGUACGAGAACUUCUGCUACCCAAUCCACAAAAGGCGCGGAAUUGCACUGACUGAGGAAGAGAAGGCUUACAAUGAGAUCUUCGGGAGCUUCCGUUCUCGUAUUGAGAGCUACUUCGGGGAGAUGCAGUCGACGUUCACAAAGUUCAGUCAUACAGUUGUGAACAAGGCGGCAGAGAAAGAGAUGUUUGGCGUUCAGUACAAUCUGGCAUGCCUCCUGAUGAACAUCAAAAGGUUCGUUGCACUCAGGAAUAUCCCCACUGAACAACAUCACACUUUGUGGCUUCAGGACGGCUUUGACUACCCCAACAAGGCAGAGCAAGAGACCAUGUACACUCUUCCGAACAUCCAAGUUAAGCUGUCACAGAGCAAGGAUUUG